AUGGCUCCCUCUGAGUCCGAAAUCCUCCAAAACUAUCUCACCACCCCGGCCGAGUUGCCGUCCAUCAUCACCCUCGAGGACUUCACAGAGCUGUUUCCAAAAGCGCAGCGAACAAAUCCCCAAAUUCGCCGUCUAUACCGCGAACUACAGCGUCAGAGAAGGGUUGCAGUCGACAUUGUUGCGCAAAACAUUGAGUUUGAGGAACAGCAGGGCAAGCGAACCAGACGCGUUAUCGCAAAUGCUCGUCGCAAAGCUGCCCGAGAGGAUGUUGACCAAGAGCUGGAAAUCGAACGAGCGGUCUACGGUCCCUUUGAGACGGAUCCCAAGCAUACGCUCAGUUCCAUCAUCCCAGAAAUGGACUCUGCCGUAGCGGAUCUGGAGGCGGAAAUUCGAGAACUUGAGGCGCAAGAAGCUGCCCUCCUCGAUUCUGUGAAGCAAACGGUCGGAACCAUGAGUGACCUCCGUUACGGCCGCAUCUCCAACGCGACGCUCCGGGACAGCGUAAUUGAGGGUCUCAAAACCGUGCAAGAUGCAUGUGAAGGGAAAAGUUGA